GGCCGUUCUCGUUGCCGUUGCCGUUGCCGUAGUAGUCCGUCAUUAGUCGCAGUCAACGCUUAUUUCGUAGUUGUCGUUGCGAACGUCAGAGCCACAACUACAACGAUCGUGCGUUUAUUGUUAACUUGUCUCACUUUCGCAUUGAAGCAUAAUAACGAAAGAAAAGAAAACAAUCAAAAUGUAAACACCUCAGCAAGUAGAAACAAUUCGUCAAACUAAACCAAAGAUAACCGAGCAAAGAAAUCAACUGAUUAAUCAGAAAUAUAUGCGAGUAUAACUAAAACGAAAGCAAAAAUCAAUCAAUUAUUAAAAAAUGAAAUAACAAAACAAAUCAAUUUGCAAAUGAAUAAACGAAAGCAAACUGACAUCAAGAAAGAGGCACAAACAAUACGAGAAACAAAACGAAAAACAAACAAGAAGGCGUAGCACAAAGCACACACAGUGGACAAGUUCCGAAUUAUUUAUUCUAUUGUGUGGCGGGCCCGUGAGUAAAGGCGAAAGUGCCGCCCACGAGCUUGCAUCGAAUGAACACCAAUAAUAAGAACACCAACAACAAUCGUCAUGUCCAAGACCAGUUUGUGUGACAACAAGCAGCGCAAUAAGCUGUCCACAACGGAUCGUGGCAGCGGCUCCAGCUCCUCCGAAUCCUUCCUGCAGUACGACAGCGAAAAGCCGCCGCCCAUUGUUGUUGUUGUGGGCGACGGACGCAGUCGCGUGCGUCGUGUGGUGCGCACAGCAACGAGGCACGUGACCGUCGUCAGUCUCUCCACGCGCCACAAGGAGACCCAGACGCAUACGUCGCACCAUGUGACGGCCGUCAGCUUUCCCCAGAAGAGCAUCGAACGCAGCGGAUCCACACAAUACGAUUUGGCUGCCCCGGCCGCUUCGAACACAUCCACAGACAGUGGCAGUGUGGGUGGCUAUGCCUACCUGCAGAACCAUUAUGCAUCGGGCGCUCACAAUGCCGCGGCCGCUAUCAAUUAUCCCCCGCAACAGCAGCCCCAGAUGAUCUAUCAGAUCCAUGCGCCGCCCCAGCAGUAUCCCACGUGCCAUCAGCAGCAACAGCAGCAGCAGCAGCAGCAACAACAACAACAGCUGCUACAUCAGGGUCACUAUAUACAACAUGCUGGCGGUCUGAUAACGGCAGGGCCUCAGGGCGUCGGUCAUUAUCACCAUCACCACAUGCUGCACGGACACCACCACCAUCAUGGUGGUGCUGUCGUCAUCGCUGGCAGCGGCGUCGGCACCGGCAUGGGCGCCAACUCCGCCACCGUAGCCAUGCAACAGAAUUUGCACAAAAAGAACUCCAUACGAAAUGGAGGCGAUGUCCUGAAGCGCGCACGAGCUCAGUCAGCCUACGAGCUAUCGCAAGAUCUGCUGGAGAAACAGAUCGAGCUUCUGGAGCGCAAGUACGGCGGCGUGCGAGCCCGCAACGCAGCAGUGACCAUUCAACGGGCCUUCCGCCACUACAUGAUGGUGAAAAAGUUCGCCUCCAUUACGGCCAUGGCCAAGGCGGAGAAGCGGCUCAGUCGACGCAUGGUGGUCACCACCAGCACGGGUGCAUUGCCCGAGGCCACCAACUCGCCCAACGCAUCACUCUCCUCUGCCUAUGGCAGUGCCACAGAAUCUCAGCUGGAGCAGCAGCAACAGCAGCAACAGUCUCCGCAUCAGCCGCAACAACAGGCACGAGUCACCAUCAUGGCGGGACCGCCAGGCGGCGCCAGCGGUGCCGGCUGUGCCUCACCCGGACUGUCACGCACGCCUCCCACGCGCUCGCUUUCAAUGCGCGAGCGACGCCAAAUGGACUGCAGUCCCAUACCGCGCAGCCAGUCGGGUGCCUCGCCCGUCUCCAUAGCCAGCUCGACGGCCUCGCUGGCAAUGGCCCCGCACCCACAUGUGAAUCUGUUGCACGCGGCCGAGCCGCAUUACUAUAAUAGCAUCGUGGUGGCGGCCGCUGCACAGGAUGCCUACUACACCACCUACCAUGGUUCUCCACAUGACAUGAGCUACGCGAGCUCGACGGCCAGCUCCCAGCUGGACCGCUCGCUGAACGCAUCGUGGGUGAACGUAAGUGGAACCUCGCCACACACACCCUACUAUUCGGCCGCACAGAUCUAUAUGCGACCCAAGGGCGGCUCCACCACGCCCACGCCGAGCAACUGCAGCAGCAAAAAGGUGCCCCCGGAGGUGCCCAAGCGCACCUCCUCGAUAACGGCGCAACAGCAGAGCCAGCUGAUGAUGCUGCAGCGCCAGACACCGCCACCACCAUCGAUGCUGCGCACCAACGGACUCUGCAAGACCGCCGAGAACGGCAGCCUCACGUCCGUUCAGAGCUCUGGCUCGGACUCGAGCGUCACAUCAAUGGAGCGCAACAUAAACAGUGAUUUGGGCUCGGAUCGCUCGAACUCGCCGCACACCUGGAAACGUGGAACGCCGUUGAACAGUUCGCAGCAAUUCUCCACACACUCUUCGGACUCCGUAGCCGCUGGGUACACGGCACAAAUGCAGGCGGCUGUGGCAGCAGCUACCGCUGUGGGCGGGGUGCCGCCCACAGAUGAUCAUGCCAUCUCAUCGCACACAAGUGCUGCCCAAUACGAGCAGCACGAGCAACAGCAGCACGAGCAGCAACAGUUGAAUGCGGCUGCCGCCUCAGUGGGCGUGGCACAAAACUACAAAAUGUCGGAGACCAUACGGAAGCGUCAGUAUCGGGUCGGCCUGAAUCUAUUCAAUAAGAAGCCGGAGAAGGGCAUUACAUACUUGAUACGUCGCGGAUUCUUGGAGAAUACGCCACAGGGCGUGGCACGAUUUCUUAUCACUCGCAAGGGUCUGUCACGCCAGAUGAUUGGCGAGUAUUUGGGAAAUCUGCAGAAUCAAUUCAACAUGGCCGUGCUCAGCUGCUUUGCGAUGGAGCUGGAUCUCUCCGGGCGGCAAGUGGAUGUGGCCCUGCGCAAAUUCCAGGCCUACUUUCGCAUGCCAGGCGAAGCGCAGAAGAUCGAGCGGCUAAUGGAGAUCUUCUCGCAGCGCUACUGCGAGUGCAAUGCGGAUAUUGUGGGGCGUCUGAGAUCAUCGGAUACGAUCUUUGUGCUGGCCUUUGCCAUCAUUAUGCUUAAUACGGAUCUGCAUACACCGAACCUAAAGCCAGAACGACGCAUGCGCGUCGAGGACUUCGUGAAGAACCUGCGUGGCAUCGAUGACUGUCACGACAUUGACAAGGACAUGCUGAGUGGCAUCUACGAGCGGGUCAAAUCGGAUGAGUUCAAGCCCGGCAGCGACCACGUUACACAGGUCAUGAAGGUGCAGGCCACCAUUGUGGGCAAGAAGCCGAAUCUGGCGCUGCCACACCGCCGUCUUGUCUGUUAUUGUCGUCUCUACGAGAUACCCGAUGUGAAUAAGAAGGAACGGCCCGGUGUCCACCAACGCGAAGUGUUCCUCUUCAAUGAUCUGCUGGUCAUCACCAAAAUAUUCAGCAAGAAGAAGACCUCCGUCACCUACACGUUCCGCAACAGUUUCCCCCUCUGCGGCACCGUUGUCAAUCUGCUGGACCUCCAAAACUAUCCCUUCUGCAUCCAACUAUCGCAGAAGGUCGACGGCAAGAUUCUGAUCACAUUCAAUGCGCGCAACGAGCACGAUCGCCUCAAGUUCGCCGAGGAUCUCAAGGAGUCGAUAAGCGAAAUGGACGAAAUGGAGUCGCUGCGCAUCGAGGCCGAGCUCGAGCGACAAAAAUCGGCGCGCAAUCGUGCUCCGGGAAACUCCGAGAAUAGGGACAGUGGCGUCGCUGAUGUAGAAGUGUGUCCCUGUCCCUAUCAGGCGGGCACGCAAGCCGCUGGCGAGCAGGCAUCCAACUCGGCGGACUCCACGCAACAAUUGAAGCGCAGCGCGCUUAGCAACAGCUUGCUGGACAUGCACGAGCAAUUUGGCAAUGAGAAGCCGCAACGACGUGGCAGCGUUGGCUCCUUGGACAGCGGCAUGUCCAUCUCGUUUCAGUCGACCACCACCUCAAGUGCAUCCCGGGAGAACGCUGCCGCCAUAGCGGCCGCAGCCAAUGCCGCUGCAGCUGCCAAAAUACGCUUCAACAUGCCCCCAACAGCGGCGGUCGCUGCUCCCAGCAAUGUCUACGCAGCCCCUGGCAUGCAGGCCUACACCCAUGCCAAUUUUGUGCAGCAGUCCCAUGCAGCCUAUUUGCUCCAGCAACAACAAAUGCUGCACCACCAGCAACAACAACAGCAGCAGGUGGCUCAAGCCCAGGCGCAGUCAGGUGCCGUGGUAACGGGCCGCAUACCGGGACGUGAGCGGAAAGCAUCCCGCUCCGAUGAUAAUGCACGCUCCACAGAGGUCUAAAGAGUUCGUCCUCGAGACGGCAGCUUCUCCCACAACUUUUGUACAUUCAAUUCUUCUGCGCAAUUCUGAAAAAGCGAAAUUAUAUUAACACACAACUAUACAUAUACUCGUAUAGUCUAUAAUGUAUAAUCCGAAUCGAAACGAGCCGAACGCCAUUUUUGAAAGCAACCUAACAACAACUACUUAGCAAAUUUAAAAACGUUCCUUCGCUCCCUGCUAAUAUUGAUGUAUUAUGUACAAUAUUAAUCAUUUGUCGGUUCAUUUUGGCUAAUUAAAUAGGUUUUCAAAACUAA